AUGCGUUGCCUCGUCGGUCCGGAUGGGCUCCGGAGAUCGGUGUUGUUGGUGUCGUUGGCUUGCUACUACUGUCUUCUGGUACCGGUGUACCACGUGCUCGCCGUGACCAGCGAGCUACCGCCGAGGCUCGAUCUGCCCGAGCACUGUUCGUGGGACUCGCGGCAGGAUGGCGCGAUCACCUGCAUUCACCGGUACGCUGGCGGAGGCGGUUACGUCGGCUCCCUCAAGACGAAUUUCUCUCAGGCUACCAGCGAGUACGUGACCUCCGUGAACGUCGUCUGCGAGGACACAGAUACGCUCGAGAACGGUGUACUGAACGUGGACGGGUUCGUUCAGCUAUGGAGAUUGAGAUCGUUGAGGUUGACCGGCUGCAAACUGGUCCAUUGGCCAACGAAAGUUCUCAGCGGUCUACGUGAUCUUCGUAACUUGACCGUGCGAAGUCUGAACGGACGGAAGAGCAAAUACAGCCUGGAGCUGGAGAGCGGGGCGUUCGACUCGGUGCCGCAAAUCGAGAAGAUCGAUCUGUCGUGGAACAACAUUUGGCAGAUACCGGAACAUUUGUUCUGCCCGUUGUCGAAUCUGCUGACGUUGAACGUUUCGUGGAACAUGCUGAAGGACAUUACGGAGCUAGGGUUCAGGGAUACUUUGGAACGACAUCCGAGGCGACAACUGGAAUCGACACCGGCCCCGUUUCCUUGUUCUUUGGACAUGCAGUCGCUUGACGUGUCCAACAAUCAAAUCUCGGUACUGCCCACCCACGGAUUCUCGUCGUUGAAACGGCUCAAGGUGCUGAACUUAUCGAGCAACGCGAUCGGAAUGGUGGCGGACGAGGCGCUUCACGGGCUCCGAUCUCUGGAGACGUUCGAUCUGUCCGGGAAUCGAAUCGUCGCCCUUCCGGCGGAAAUGUUUCGGGACGCGGCGAAGUCGUUGAAGGAAUUACGGCUGCAGAACAAUUCCAUCAGCGUGCUGUCCCCGGGUCUCGUUGCGGAUAUGAAUCAGCUCGUCGCCCUGGAUCUGUCGCGGAACGCGUUGACCAGCUCCUGGCUGAACUCCGCCACGUUUUCCGGUCUGAUUCGUCUGGUUCUUUUGAACCUCUCCCAUAAUCGAAUCAGCAAACUGGACCCGGCUCUGUUCAAAGACCUGUACACCCUCCAAAUAUUGAAUCUCCAGUACAACGAGAUCGAAACGAUACCGGCGGACACGUUCGCGCCGAUGAGUAAUCUGCACACGCUAGAUUUAGCGUACAAUCGAUUAACUUACCUCGACGCGUACUCCCUGAACGGGCUGUUCGCACUUUCCCUGCUGUCGCUGGACUCUAAUCAGCUCGAAGGAAUUCAUCCGGAUGCCUUUCGGAAUUGUUCCAGUAUGCAGGAUCUGAAUCUGUCCGGGAACAAUUUGGACAGCAUACCGGUCGCCCUCAAAGACAUGAGAAUGCUGCGUACCCUGGAUCUCGGGGAGAAUCAGAUCAGAAGCUUGAACAGGCCGGGAUUCCGUGGUAUGUCCAGCCUGUACGGAUUAAGAAUGAUCGGGAACGAGAUCACGAACGUCACCACCGAGGAUUUCGUUGAGUUACCCGAACUGCAGAUCUUGAAUCUUGCACGGAACAAGAUCGAGUCCGUGGAGGACGGUGUGUUCACGGCGAAUCCGGCGUUGCAGGCGAUACGUUUGGACUCGAAUUUGUUGCAGGACAUGUCCGGCAUAUUCGCGAGCGUGCCCGAUCUACUGUGGCUGAACAUGUCCGACAAUAUGAUCGUGCAGUUCGAUUACAGUUACCUGCCGGAGAAAUUACAGUGGAUGGAUCUCCAUAAAAAUCUUAUUAUGGAUCUCGGCGUCGCGCCCCAGGGCAUGAGAUUACAGACGCUCGACGUGUCGUUCAACCGGCUAACGAGGAUACAUUCGAGGUCGAUACCGGACUCGAUCGAGCUUCUGUUCGUGAACGAUAAUCUGAUACAGGCCGUCGAGCCGCAAACGUUUUUCGACAAGAGGAACCUGACAAGGGUCGAUCUGUACGCGAAUCAGAUCGUCAAGAUGAAUCUGUCCGCCUUUCAAUUAACCCAAGUACCGGCGUAUCGGCAAUUGCCGGAGUUUUACAUCGGCGGGAAUCCAUUUAUAUGCGACUGCACCACCGAGUGGCUGCAAAGAAUCAAUUCGUUGCCGUUGAGACAACACCCGAGGGUAAUGGACCUCGAGUCGGUCUAUUGCAGGCUACCAUACGAUCGGCAGAAAUCGUUCAUACCGUUGCUCGAGGCGAAACCGUCGCAAUUUCUCUGCACGUACAAGGCCCACUGUUUCGCGCUCUGUCAUUGCUGCGACUUCGACGCAUGCGACUGCGAGAUGAUCUGCCCGACCAACUGUACAUGCUACCACGAUCAAUCCUGGUCGGCGAACGUGGUGGAUUGCUCGAACUCCGGUUACAGAACGUUGCCCCGCCGAUUGCCGAUGGACGCGACCGAGGUUUAUCUCGACGGGAACAAUUUCGGUGAAUUCAAUUCCCAUUCGUUCAUCGGCCGGAAGAAUCUGCAGAUAUUAUACGCGAACGACAGCAAUAUCAUCGCUAUCAGAAAUCACACGUUCAGCGGUCUGAAACGUUUGCUGGUGCUUCAUCUGGAGAACAACAAGAUCAGCGUGCUGAACGGCGUGGAACUGAUGCCGUUGGAGAAUCUAAAGGAGCUCUAUCUCCAGAACAAUCUACUGACGUACAUCGACAACGGCACGUUUCUUCCGUUACGUCAACUGGAAGUGUUACGGCUCGAGAACAAUCGGCUCGGUACGUUCGCUGUUUGGCAGCUCGUCCAGAACCCGUAUCUGGUGGAUAUCGGGCUGUCCAGUAAUCCGUGGAGCUGCGAGUGCUCGUAUUUGGACCGUGUGCGCGAGUGGAUGUCCCGUAACCGGGCGAAGAUCAGCGACUGGAGGAGCGUCACCUGUUCCCUCGGCAUGCCUAUAACUCUUCCGACGAACGGAUCGGUCAUAAAUUGCGCGGCAUUAACCGGCACGACCUCGGUGAUCGAGACGCGACCGCUCGAGGCUUAUCUUCCGCUACUGCUAGCCACCGCGGUGCUAAUUUUCGCGAUGGUGGCGCUUGUGUGCGGCGCGUUCAAGCAUCGUCGUGCUCUUCGUACAUGGGCUGCGAGCCGUUGCGGUCUCAGGGCGUGUUACAAAACAGCCGCGUUCGAGGAUCAGGAGAAACCGUUCGACGCAUACAUCUCGUAUUCAGCGGUCGACGAAGCGUUCGUCUCGACGAUCUUGGUGCCAGGUCUCGAGACAUCGUACCGAUUGUGCCUGCACUAUCGGGACCUCGGGGCCGGAAGCAACGUGGCGGACGCAGUCGCUGAGGCCGCCGAUUCCUCGAGGCGCACCAUUCUGGUACUGUCGAAGAACUUUCUGCACGGCGAGUGGGCCAGGUUCGAGUUUAAAGCGGCGCUCAGGGACGCUCUGAAAGGGAAAGGCCGCUCUGUGAUCCUGCUACUGGUGGGCGGUGUGUGUCCACGGGAUCUCGACGCCGAUUUACGUAAACGUAUCUCGUCGCACACCGUCCUGGUGUGGGGGGACAAGUUGUUUUGGCAGAAGCUAAGGUUCGCCAUGCCGGACGUGUCCCCUGUUCCUGUUCUGGAGAGACCCCUGCCAUUGCCGCCGCCGCCGCCGCCCCCGGUGCAGCAUCAAUGGACGUAG